GGCUGAGGACGGGAUACUGGGAGAGCCGGAAGAGCCGUGAAGAAAGCCACCAGGUCCCAGUAACGUUGUUUUCUCGUCAAGCCUGAGUUGUGGACGUACGGUUACAUCCACCAGGGGACACAUUAAGAAAUCCGUUUAGACGCUGGUCGGAGCUACCUUUGUUGUGGACGUGUGUGUGACAAGACUCUCUAAGGAUGUGGAAGGCAGCAGCAGGGCAGUCCGUCAGCUUGUCUGUAGAUGAGGGAGGAGACGACUGGGAGACUGACCCUGACUUUGAGAAUGACCUAUCGGAGAAGGAGCAGCGUUGGGGGGCCAAGACGGUGGCUGGUUCCGGGCAUCAGGAGCACAUAGAUAUCCACCAGCUGCGUGAAACGGUGUCGGUAGAGCACACCAGCCUGAAGCAGCAGGAGCUGGAGCGCAUGCCUAAGGCCUCGCAUGGAUAUGGAGGGAAAUUCGGAGUGCAGCAGGAUCGCAUGGACAAGUCUGCUGUGGGUCACGACUACCAGAGCAGGUUGUCCAAGCACUGCUCCCAGACAGAUACCUCCAAGGGCUUUGGAGGGAAGUUUGGAGUGCAGGCCGAUCGAGUGGAUCAGUCUGCUGUUGGGUUUGAGUAUGCGGGCAAGACAGAGAAACAUGCUUCGCAGAAAGACUACACCACGGGGUUUGGGGGCCGAUACGGCGUGCAGGCAGAUCGUGUCGACGAGAGCGCAGUGGGCUUCGAUUACCAGGGCAAAACGGAGAAACACGAGUCCCAGAAAGAUUAUGCCAAGGGCUUUGGUGGCAAGUUUGGAGUAGAGAGCGACAAGGUGGACAAAAGUGCCGUGGGCUUCGAGUACCAGGGCAAAACGGAGAGGCACGAAUCACAGAAAGACUAUGUGAAAGGCUUUGGAGGCAAGUUUGGAGUGCAGACAGACCGACAGGACAAGUCAGCGCUGGGAUGGGACCACCAGGAGAAACUACAGCUUCACGAGUCUCAGAAAGACUAUAAGCGUGGGUUUGGAGGGCGGUAUGGGGUAGAGGUGGAGAGGCAGGACCAGUGUGCCCUGGGCUAUGAGCACAAGGAGAGCCUGGCCAAGCACGAGUCCCAAAAAGAUUACUCUAAAGGAUUUGGAGGGAAGUUUGGCGUCCAGAACGACCGGAUGGAUAAGAGUGCAGGGACGUACGAGAAUGUGGAGAAGAUGACGCCAUCUUACCAGAAAACCAAACCGGUGGAGGCUGCUGGCAGCAGCACUGGGAGCAUCAAGGCUCGCUUCGAGAACAUCGCCAAGCAGAAGGAGGAGGAAGACAGAAAGAGGGCAGAGGAGGAGCGAGCACGUCGGCAGGCCAAGGAGAAGCAGGAGCAGGAGGCGGCGCACCGUAAAGCCGAAGCAACGCCCAAGAGCCCGUCUCCCCCCACAAGUCCCAGCACCACUCUGAGCCCGACUGCACUGGCCCAGCGAGCUGUAGCACCACCAGCUCAACAGGAAGCAGCCGGAGAUGCAGAGGAGGAGGAUGGUGAGCAGCUGUAUGAGGUGGAGCCACACAGACACUAUGCGCCACAGGAGGACCUCUACCAGAACACAGAGGAGGCUGCAGCAGGAGACGACGAGCAGUACGAGUACGGCGAGGACCUUGGGGUCACGGCGGUGGCUCUGUACGACUACCAAGCAGCUGGCGAUGAUGAGAUCUCCUUUGACCCUGACGACAUCAUCACCAACAUCGAGAAGAUCGACCAGGGCUGGUGGCGCGGUGUGUGCAGAGGUGCCUAUGGCCUGUUCCCGGCCAACUAUGUGGAGGUCCAGCCGUGAUGUCGCCGGCCCAACCAGUCUCCCUGUUCUUGUGCAGAAAGAGAAAAAGGAAAGAGACUUUGUCACAUUUGGUCUUUUUUUCUCUUCAUCUCAUCUUAGUGCUUUGACGCUGUGUGAGACGACCUCAGGCCUCCGAGCUGGUCUUCUUCUGCUCAUUUUUCCUUCCCUCCUCAAUCUGUCCCAUUUUCAGAUCACUUUGUUUCUUUGUGUGCAGCAGUAGACAGGGAAGAAGAGUUGUCAUAGAACGACUCAGUACCAAGACAGUACUUAUCUUAGAUCUUUGCUUUGCAUCUCUGCUUUAACAGUUCAAGCUACACCAUGCAGCUUCCUCAAGACCCGGGGCCACUUCCCAAGCUGUCUGCCUCCUGCCUCGCAGCCAGAACCACAUUUAGCAGCUUUGUUUUCCAGAGGUUAGCAAGAUGUUGAUCGGGUAUUACUACUUCACAUAUGUUAGAAAAACUCUAAUCUCAGAUUAUUGAUUGAACUGAGCUCAAAAUGUCUCAUGGAGUCUUGUACACAAGGCUCGCUGGCUCUCUUUAAAUGUAGACAGGAGCAGUUUAUCAUGGGGGAAUCCCCUGCUGUGGAUUAUGUAUACUGAUGCCUAUACCCUGUCCAGUACAUUGGCUACAGACCAAACGGCUGCACAGCAGUUGAGCUGGACUUGCUGAUUCUUGUUGGAAAACUAAGCUAAGAAUUAAGACAUUUUCCUUUGCAUCAGUCAUAGGGUUGGCAACAGAUCAAUAAUAAUGCUUCCUCCUUUACUGAUAUUUAAAUUGCAGACUCUAUGUCUCAGUUCAACAGAAACACUACAGUUCAUAGUAUUACUUCAAGUGUCUUCAUAUACUCUACUGCUUAAAUACUGAUAAUCAUGUAUAGACAGAUGAUUGUUUAUGAUGCUUUGAGAAUGAGAUUUCAAAAAAACACUUUAUUCCUGUCCCUGUGGUUGUGGACAAGCAUAAUGUAUUUGUCAAAGUGCUGAGACGCCUGCUUUGCGGCACAACUAACAACUGACAUUUUUAAACCCGUGGUGAUAUAUCGGCCCCUGUGAAGGGGACAAGGCUCUGGCAUCUCUGACACUAGUUAUUCCUCACUGGCGACUUGCCUGUGGAGCACAGUUGUGUAUCUUAAACAGGAGCAUUUGGGGGCUUUCAUGAAAUUCAUCUUUGGGGUUUUAUAAUAAAAAGUGACCUUUUCAAAUGCAUAAUUUUUAUCUGUACCUGUUUGUUUGACUUACAUCAUUACCUGUGUGUUCUUUUUUUAAGUUUCAGUAAAUAAACUAUGAAUUAGG